AUGUCUUACAGAAAUAGUACUAGUUCGAGCAAGUAUCAGGAAUUUGACCCUGAAUCGGGAGAAAUAUCCAGAAAAAGGUCGUUGAUCAAGCCAGAAAGGAGGAAUAUAGAUCCCAACCAUCCAAGAUUCCAUUAUACCCAAGUUGCCAACCAGGAAUCAGACCAUCUUAAGAUCCAGCCAUCUUCCACGGGUCUAGAACCACAAAGCUCGAAUGAUGGAUUACGCGCGAGUACAUCUUACCAAGGAAACUUAGCAAGUGAGGAAGAAGGUAUUCCGUUGAUGGAUAUCCGUGAGACCAACGAGGCUAAUCAAACUCCUAAUUUGAAGGGAGGAAGAGAAGUAUUUGGAUUGAAUGACGAAGUUGAUGAUUACAACAACAGCCCAAGCAAGAAGAAUGUCAUUUCCAGACCUCUUAAGGCUGCCUAUUUGGAAGAAGAGAAAAAACCAAAGCAUGAUAUCUACUUCUGGAAGGUAUACUGUUAUGUUAUCACCUUCUGGGCUCCUGCUCCACUUUUGAAAUUAUUUGGUUUACGAAACAAACAAAGUCAGUUCGCAUGGAGAGAAAAGAUAGGGCUAAUUUCAUGUAUCUUGUAUAUUGGUGCAUUUGUGGCUUACUUAACUUUCGGGUUUACUAAGACUGUUUGUUCUAGUACAAGGGUCAGAACUCAGAUUAACCAUGUUAAUGAUGGCUACUUAAUCAUUAACGGAAGGGCCUUUGAUUUAACCUCUUCUCAGCAUCCAAAAGCUGCUGGUAUACAAUCUGGUGCGAAUGUUUUAUAUCCUCCCUUAUCAGCCGGUGGAAAGGAUGCAUCGUUCCUUUUUCAGAAUGUCAAUGGUAACUGUAAAGAUUUAAUUAAGCCAAGGGAUAAUUGUACUAUUCCAACAAACGACGAUAAUGAAUUGGCUUGGUAUAUGCCAUGCCGUUUGUUUAACCAGGAUGGUUCUUCGAGCCCCAAUUUUACUAAGGCUUAUUAUGACGGUUGGGCUUGUCAUACAAGUACAACAGCGAGAAAUGCCUAUUAUGAUAUGGAAGUUAAUGGGGAUGUUUAUUUUACAUGGGAAGACCUUAAAAAUAGUUCUAGAAAUUUAGUGGUUUAUUCAGGGAAUGUUUUAGAUCUAGACUUAGUUAACUGGAUUCAAUCAACGGAUGUAGAAUAUCCAAAGCUCUUUGAUAGAUUGAGAGAUGAUGACACAUACAAGGGUCUUGAUAUUUCUCUAGUGUUGACCAACAGCGAAGAAAGAAAGGCAGCAAGAUGUUUAACAGAAAUUAUAAAAGUCGGAACUAUCGAUACUGAUACUAUCGGUUGCAUUGCAUCCCUGAUUGUUUUAUAUGUUUCUUUGGUGUUCAUCUUGUCUGUUGUUAUCGUAAAGUUUUUAAUGGCUUGUUAUUUUAGAUGGGUAAUAUCUACGAAGCAAGGUGCAACUGCUAUUGAUAAUAAGUCUAUGUUUGAAAGAAAUAAGGAGAUUGAAAACUGGGUUGAUAACCCAACAUCUCAGGGACCAAUCAGUACAGUUCCAGUGAAAGCAAGAGCUAAUUAUAAAGCUCCUAAGACCAACAGACAAACUAUUUUCAAAAAAGGUAACAGACUUUCAUUAGCUCCAAACAAUGAAUUAUCACAAUAUUAUGAUAAUGCUGAUCAUAUUUCUAAGAACUUUAAAUACACUACUAUGACCACACAGGCUGCGUUGAUAGGACGUAACAAAAAUAAGUCAUUGACAAAGUCGAAUACUAGGCUGUCUAUGCUUCUCUCUGAUGAUCGUGCUUCAUCUACCGAUAUGUUAAAUAGACCAGGCUCGCUAUACAAUCCUUUUGAUGGGUUUGAAGACUACCCAGUGAAUGGUUUAUCGCCUGAUAUUAUUCAUCCUGAUGUUGUUCCACAACCUCCAGUCGAAUAUCAACCUUUUGCUAUGCCUUUGGCUCAUACAAUUAAUUUGGUUACAUGUUAUUCAGAAGACGAAGAGGGUUUACGUACAACUAUGGACUCGAUUGCAACUACUGACUUUCCAAAUUCUCACAAAUUGAUAUUUGUGGUCUGUGAUGGUAUAAUUAAGGGUUCUGGUAAUGAUUUAACUACACCCGAAAUUGCCUUAGGUAUGAUGACAGAUUUCACUAUUCCACCAGAAGAUGUUAAACCAUAUUCAUAUGUUGCUGUCGCUCAAGGAAGUAAGCGUCAUAAUAUGGCAAAGGUAUACGCAGGGUUCUACAACUAUAACGAUGAGACUGUUCCACCUGAAAAGCAACAAAGAGUUCCCGUUUUAACUGUCGUCAAAUGUGGUACAGUUGACGAAGCGGAUGCACCUAAACCAGGUAAUAGAGGUAAGCGUGAUUCGCAAAUUAUUUUAAUGUCUUUCUUGCAAAAGGUUAUGUUUGAUGAAAGAAUGACUGAUUUAGAAUAUGAGAUGCUUAAUAGUAUUUGGAGAGUCACAGGAUUAAUGGCUGAAUUUUAUGAAAUUGUUCUCAUGGUUGAUGCAGACACUAAGGUCUAUCCUGAUAGUAUGACGCACAUGGUAGCUGAAAUGGUUAAAGACCCAAUGAUUAUGGGAUUGUGUGGUGAGACUAAGAUCUCGAAUAAAUCGACAACUUGGGUUACGGCGAUUCAAGUCUUCGAAUAUUAUAUUUCUCAUCACCAGGCGAAAGCUUUCGAAUCAGUUUUUGGUGGUGUUACAUGUUUGCCUGGUUGUUUCUGUAUGUAUCGUAUUAAAGCUCCGAAAGGUUCGGAUGGAUAUUGGGUUCCAAUUUUGGCAAACCCAGAUAUUGUUGAAAGAUACUCAGAUAAUGUUGUGGAUACAUUACACAGAAAGAAUUUAUUAUUAUUGGGUGAAGAUCGUUACCUUUCGUCAUUGAUGUUGAGAACUUUUCCUAAAAGAAAGCAAGUUUUUGUUCCGAAAGCUGCUUGUAAGACAAUUGUUCCUGAACAAUUUAGAGUUUUGUUGUCUCAACGUCGUCGUUGGAUUAACUCUACAGUGCAUAAUUUAAUGGAAUUAGUUUUGGUUAAUGAUUUGUGUGGUACUUUCUGUUUUUCAAUGCAAUUCGUCAUUUUUAUUGAAUUGGUGGGUACAUUGGUUUUACCAGCCGCUAUUUCGUUCACAAUUUAUGUUAUUAUCGUUGCUAUUAUUUCAACGCCAACCCCAGUUAUGUCGUUAGUUCUUUUGGCUAUUAUUUUUGGUUUACCUAGUAUGUUGAUUGUGAUCACGGUUUCUUCAUGGACCUACGUCAUUUAUUUCUUCAUUUAUCUUAUUGCUUUACCAAUUUGGAAUUUUGUUUUGCCAAGUUAUGCGUACUGGAAAUUUGAUGAUUUCAGUUGGGGUGAAACCAGAACUGUUGCUGGAGGUGAUAAAGGUGAUCACAGUGCAAUUGAAGGUACAUUUGACUCGUCUCAUAUUGUUAUGAAGCGCUGGAGGGAAUUUGAAAGGGAUCGUAGGAACCAGGAAUCUGGGCUUGCGGUUCCUAGUGCAGCAUGGGAUCCAUCCAAUACCGAAAAGUUUAAUGAUGAGGACUACUCUGAAGAGUCUACUGCUUCUCCAUGA